AUGGGUACUAGUUGCCGAAUUCUCUCUCUAUCAUACACACCCACUGACACAGUGUCCGCAAGAGAUCAAGCCACUUUCAGUAAAACCGUUAAGCAUUACUCGCUUUAUAUUCCAUCAACUCCUGCAAAGAAAUAUAUAAACAGUUUCUUGAAGAUGCUGGAGAAGAUGGAGGAUAGAUUGGAUCCAGAUUUAGUUAUAGAGGAAUUCGAAGCGCUUUCAAGGGAUGCCGAAAGAGUUCAAAUAGAGACCCUUAAGAAAAUCUUGGAAGAAAAUGGUGAAACAGAGUACUUGAUGAAAUGGGGUCUUAAUGGAAAAACAGACCCAUUAAGCUUUAAGUCUUGUGUUCCUCUUGUCACUCAUGCGGACUUGGAACCUUACAUUCAACGGAUCUCCCAUGGCGAAAUUUCCCCUAUUCUCACUGGAAAACCGAUAACUACUAUCUCUUUAAGUUCUGGUACCAGCCAAGGGAAGCCUAAGUUCGUGCCAUUCAAUGAUGAAUUGCUGGAAAACACCAUGCAAAUAUACAAAACUUCCUUUUCCUUUAGGAACAGAGAAUAUCCAAUUGGGAAUGGGAAGGCUCUACAGUUCAUUUACGGAAGCAGGCAAUUCAAGACAAAGGGUGGUUUGGCAGCUGGAACUGCGACUACGAAUGUGUACAGUGACAAAAAGUUCAAGACAACGAUGAGGGCAAUGCAGACCUCCUGUUGCAGCCCGGAUGAAGUGAUUUUUAGCACCAAUUGUGAAGAAUCGUUAUACUGUCAUCUUUUGUGUGGACUAAUUUUCCGGGAUCAAGUUCAAGUUGUGUCAUCUACAUUUGCCCAUGGCAUUGUCCAUGCCUUUCGAACAUUUGAAGGAAAGUGGGAAGACCUUGUUAAUGACAUUAAUACAGGGGAACUAUGUAGCUGGAUAAAGACUCCGUCACUUCGAACAGCAAUGUCAAAACUGCUCAAUCCCGACCCUCGAUUGGCCAAUCUGAUUUAUAACAAGUGUUUGGGGUUAAGUAAUUGGUAUGGAGUGAUCCAAGAGCUAUUUCCAAACACCAAGUACAUAUACGGGAUCAUGACAGGGUCCAUGGAACAUUAUCUGAAGAAACUGAGGCACUAUGCAGGAGAUCUACCUUUAUUAAGUGCAGAUUACGGGGCUUCUGAAGGUUGGAUUGGAGCAAACGUCGACCCCAAAUUACCCCCAGAAUUGGCCACAUUUGCCGUUCUUCCAAAUAUUGGCUACUUUGAAUUCAUCCCUUUGAAAGAGGAUUUGAAUGUUGAGCCUCAGCCGAUAGGGCUAACUGAAGUCAAGAUCGGUGAAGAAUAUGAAAUCAUUGUAACCAAUUUCGCAGGGUUGUACCGUUAUAGGCUAGGAGAUGUGGUCAAGGUCAAAAGGUUCCACAACUCGACUCCGGAACUCCAAUUCAUUUGCCGGAGGAAUCUUCUACUAACGGUCAACAUCGACAAGAAUACAGAGAAAGAUUUGCAGCUGGCUGUAGAAGCAGCUGCCAAUCUGCUAGAAGGGGAAAAACUCGAAGUAGUCGAUUUUACUAGCGGCAUCGACUCAUCGACUGAACCUGCACAUUAUGUUAUAUACUGGGAAAUAAGCGGUGAAGCAAGCGACGAACUUCUCAAGGAAUGCUGCAAUUGUUUGGACAAAUCAUUUGUUGAUGCAGGGUAUGCUAGUUCAAGGAAAGUAAAAACCAUUGGAGCCCUUGAACUAAGAAUUCUGAAGAAGGGUACUUUUCAUAAGAUUUUGGAUCAUUUUGUGGAACUAGGUGCUGCUGUUAGCCAAUUCAAAACUCCUCGUUGUGUGGGGACAAAAAACCAGACACUGUUGCAUAUUCUGCGCAAUAAUGUUGUCAAGAACUACUUCAGUUCUGCUUUUUAG